AUCACAAAGAGUAAAGAGUGCAUUGUGGAUGGAAGUAGAGUAUAGUUGUAUAGUUGCGGCUGCGGAUGGUGAUGGUGGAUGGUGGAAAAAGACUCAAGAGAAUAAGAUUAGAACUGUAGGCUUUUGCUUUAGCUCCAGUGAGUCUGAGCAAGUCUGAGUGAGUCUGAGUCUGUGGUGAGUCUCGCGAUUUAUUUUUCUCGGUCUUCAAAUGUUGAUUUAAAAUCCCGCACUUUUAAGUUCACUCUUUAUUAUUAUUAUUAAAUAUUAAAUAUUAUUUUUUUUAAUGGUUAAUAAUAAAAAAGAGAAUAUUAUAUCAUCAACACUUAUUAAUUAAAUUACAUAUUAAAUAUUUUUUAUUCUAUCUUAUUAUUUUAUCCUGAGUACAGGAUGUAUGUGCGCAUAUAUAUUUAAGACAAAAUAUAUAAAUAUAUACUGUAACUAUUGGGUCAGGACAAGGACCGUUUAAUUGCGCCGUGUUCGAAUAUCAGAGAGUGGGUCGAUGGCGUUAAAUGUCUGUAUUAUUAGUGAUUAGUGAAUUAUUCAAGAUUGACAAGGGAAAAUUUGGCUGAUAGCAAAAAAGAAGAACGGCGUCAUGGAUGUCAAUGUUGAUCGAGAUUGCAGCGCUCUGGGUGGACUUUUUCACCAGAUUAUUACGGAUAUGAAGAAUGGAGCUCCGCUCUGGGACGACCUGAUAUCAAAAGCGACCAAACUGCACACUUGUCUGAAAGCAGCGAUACUCGCGGUGUCAGCUUAUCUGGAGGCCUUCCAGAAAAUCGCUGAUGCUGCUACCAGUGCUAGGGGAGCGACCAAAGAAAUUGGCACUGCCUUGACGAGGAUAUGCUUGAGACACAAAGCCGUUGAAACGAGAAUGAAAUCAUUUACUUGCGCAAUAAUGGACCGGCUGGUGAUGCCGCUCCAAGAAAAAUUAGAAGACUGGAAGAAAGCCCUGAUAGUUCUGGACAAAGAGCAUACAAAAGAGUACAAAAAAGCAAAGGCCGAACUGAAAAAGCAGCGUACAUCGGCAGUAGACACUUUGAGACUUAAAAAAAAAACUCGAAAAAUAACAACGAAUCACGGGCCCGGAAUGGGUACCGGUAACAUCAGCGAAUCCUUUCAGGGAAAUAAAGAGGAUGACAUGGAACUAAAUCGCAGAUUAUUAGAACCAUCUGUCGCAGACAAACGAAUCAGUUUGGAAGAGACUGAGCGAAAAGCUGUUCGAGCCGCUUUAUUGGAGGAACGCGGACGUUUUUGUCAUCUCGCGAGAUUGCUCAAGCCGGUUCUCGAUGAGGAAAUAGCGAUGCUGAUGGAGUUGACACAUCUCCAAGAGGUAUCUGAGCAACUGGAACGACACACGCUGGCCCCGUAUGAUCUUCCAGCGCAGUGCGAGCAAAUAAUAACAGACUUGAAGGAGCGAAGUGACUCGGGCCAGUGGCCAUUGCAUCACCACUUGACCUCAACUACUCCACCCUCGAGCCCUUCGUUGUCUCUGGGCUCCCGCAAGAGCUCCAUGUGCUCCAUCAGCUCGUUAACCAGCAGCGGCAGCAGUGGGUCUUGCAAAAAUCAUCCUAGUCCAGCCAGGGGGCACCCUCACCACUGGCCCAGAUCGUUUUCUCAGCCUCUAGGAGGAAUCAACACUUGCCGAUCGAUAAUUAUUGACUCGGGAGGAGGAUACGGUAAUAAUGUUUCUAAAACAUUGAUGCUGCGUCGUCAUUUAUCUACUGGUAGCUCACGUGAUUCAGGUUUUACUUCUCAAGAUACGCUUAAUAAACAACCGACUGAACAGCAACGUGAGUAAAAUACUAAUACCGGAUCGACAAAUAUAAAUCAGCAGCAGCGUCCGCUCUCCAACGCCACAUAGCCCAAUUUACAAGAAACAGCCGCGGGUUAUGAGAGACAACCAUCCAAAGGACAGACAUCCAAUGAACGACCUCAUACUAUUUCAUCGGCUUACGAGAAGGCUGGUCAUAAGCGACCAGCGUUGAGUGUCUACACAUUCCAAGCGCCAGACUCAACAGGAUGUCACAGCCAACCUGCCUCACCUGUGUCUGCCAAUACCGUAGCGGUCAACCAAGCUCGCACACCGCCAAAAGCUGGCAAAGCUGCUAACGCCCCGAGACCCCCGAUUCCCAAUAGAUGCUCCAGUCUAGAGCGUUCUACGUCCACUUCACGGGUCAAUAAUGACGGUAAUGGUAAUCAACGUCCUGGUAAACCGAAAUUACCUUUGCCAGCGCAUUUAGCUAAAGAAUUAUUAGGAAAUCAAUUGGUUACCCAGCCGAUGUACGUAAACAUGCAUGAGUUGGCUAAUUUAGCAGCUAAUCGAGCGCAGGAAAUGCAAGCUCCUACUGUACGCAAUACUGCUGCUUCAUCAAACCCAAAUCUUCCUGAAAAGACUGAAUCAACAAUAACGCCGUUACCAAAAGAAGAUACACCUCAGCAACCAGAAACGAGCAAUUUAGAUAUGAGCGCAAUAUGUACAUUGCCUCGUUGUGGAUCAUUUCAGCAAAACAAGCCAGCACCGCCAACACGCUGAACUUCUACAAUAAUUACCUCAACGACAAGUAUUACUAAUACUCUCAAAGAGCGUACAAACUGCAGCAUUAGCGCGAGCAACCUUCUCCAAAUAGCCGGGCCUGACAGUGACUUCACCAUCUCGCCCUCGCCCCCAAACAUAGCCGACGAAACCGAGAACCUUCCUCCGCCUCCAGCAUUCUUAUUAGAAGGAAGUUCGUCAAUCGCGAGUCCUUAUCCCCCAGCUAAAAGAUCAAUAUCCGUUUCAGAGACAGUGAGAACACUUACUGAGCUGCGUCAUACCCCCGCAAGCCCGUCAUUCAUGCGUAAGCUGAUAGCUUAACAGGCACAACCUCCAGUAACACGUGUCACUAGAUCAGGUCCCGAGCAUUCGAGCUCCUCCAGGCGUGUAUCGACUUCCAUCAUUGAGUCAUCCUCAUCCGGGCACAGUUCUUCGAACACCACUUCGACUUUCAACUCCAGUCAGCAAAAUUUAAUCAGUGUUCUGAGUUCUAAACUCAGCAGCACUUCUAUCAACUCAACUGCCGGGGACUGCAGUCCCAAGUUGAUGCGCAAACAUAUCAUUUCUACCAGUGAAUUACAGAGCCAAACUUGUUCUGCUCCGCGACGUACCAGCGUUGGUUUUCUCGAGACCCUUAAUGCCAAAUUAGCGGCACAGAAACAACAACAGCGUCAGCAACAAAGUCAACAACAAGUACCUCAAAUACAUACUCACUUAAAAAGUACAGCCGCGACAUUAUCUACUCCUAAUAGAUCUGCAAGUGUUAGGCGAAUUAUGGCCAACAGAGUUCCUAUUCUAGAUCCGCUUCAAGUUAGAGAUUCAUUGAUGGAUCAGAUUAGACGCGGUACUUCUUUGCGUAAAACAACCGGUACUAUUAAUGAUCGUUCGGCUCCACAAAUAUAUUAAUUAUUAUUAUUAAUAAAUUAAUUCGUUGAUAAAUUAUACCCGUGUAAAAAUCAUAUGAUAUCAUCAUGAGAUUCAUUAUGAAUAAGGUAAAUGACCCAGUUAUUGACACUGGCCUAGUUAUUGACACGAAAUUUUAUUUUAAUUAAAAAAAAAAAAAUUAAC